AUGAGAAUGCCCCGAUCUGCAACAACCCUCUUCCGCUCUUGUCAAUUGCAACGGAGAUGGAACAGUACGAGUAGCUCAUUGCCUCCACCCCCUCCAACAACAGCCUUCACAAACCUCUCCUCCAAACGCAAACUCAUCGCGCUCUGGGGUCCCGACGCAUCCAAAUUCCUCAACGGAUUAACCACAAACCAUCUCCCACCCGCUGGCUCGACAGAGGGGCUGUACAACGGGUUUCUGACUCCACAGGGUCGGGUGUUGUACGACACCUUCAUCUACCCCGCCACUCACUCCUCCCACUGGACCAACAUUGCCAACAGCACAGAUCAAGCAUACUUUAUCGAAGUCGACGCAGACGCACACGCGGAUUUACAGCUCCAUCUCAAACGCUACAAACUUCGCGCGAAAUGCAAGAUCCGCUCACUCGAGGAUCAAUUCACCAUUUACUCCGCCUGGGGGCUACCCACCGCCCCAUCCUACUCAGUCGGGUGUCUGGAUCCACGAGCUCCGAAGAUGGGUCAGCGAUUGGUCCUCCCAGCCGAGGUUAAACCAGAGAUCGACGCAGAGGAGGCUUCGGUCGAGCAGUAUACGCUGCGUCGAUACAUGCAAGGCGUACCGGAGGGUGUAUCCGAAAUCUUUUCAGGAAGUGCGUUACCGUUGGAGAGCUGCAUGGACUACAUGUCCGGCGUCGAUUUUCGGAAAGGGUGUUAUGUGGGACAGGAGUUGACGGUGAGGACGUACCACACUGGCGUCACCAGAAAACGUAUACUCCCCGUGCAGUUGUACAACCUUGACCAGCACGAGGCCAUUCCUACCUCCCUGACGUACCACCAAAUGACGACACUGCCGACACCGCCCAGUCAAGCAAACUUGACCCGACCGGGCAAGAAGGGCCGAAGCGCAGGCAAAUUCUGCGGGGGAAUCGGUAAUAUCGGACUUGCGCUCGCACGACUCGAGAUUGUUGGCGCGACGGAUACUAAGGAUGCGGAGAGUGUGGAGGAUAAGUUGGUGGUUGAGUGGGAGGAGGAGGCUGCGCAGGAGGAUGGGGAGAAGGAGAAGAGAAGCAUUGGGAUGAGGGCGUUUGUGCCGGAGUGGUGGCCGAGGGAAGGUUCCCAGGAGUAG